AUCUGCCUCCUGCCUUCCCAACUGAGUAGAAAAGCCUAGUGUGAUUGUACAUACCUGUAAUUCUUGUACUUGGCAGAGGCAGAAAGAUUGCCUCAAAUUUGAAGCCAGCCUGGAUUGUGUAAGGAGUACCAGGCCAAUCAAGGCUACAGAGUGAAGCCCUAUGAAUGAGACCCUAUCUCAAAACUUGUAAUACAAAACAUCACAAAUUGACUGAUGAGUAGGUCUUGCCCUCUGGCUUAGAGUUGGUGGGGGUGGAGCAAAUCCCCUUUAUCCCUAGAUAAAAGAGGCAAUAGGAGUUGCUCCCAGGCUGUCUCAGAGUAUAGGUCCCUACAGGUGCAAGAUGCAAGGGAAAAGAGACAAAAAGAGUCUCUUCCGGCAGCAGGAAGUGGUAACUACCUAUGGGGAAAUGAGGCUAGUUCUUUCCUUUGGUGCUAAGUAGAAGGGGAACUGUAGCUGAACACUAUUCCUCCCCCUCGGGGCCCAGAAGGAACACAGGCCUGCAGUUCUCUGGGGAACUUCCCAUUAGCUAACAGGGCUCCCUUAGGCCUCAGUCAGGGCUGUGACUCGGGGAAGGAGGAUGGCAUCUGAUGUUCAGGGAGGCCGUCUAGGGGCAGUCUUGGGACUGGAGCAGCUAUGGCGCCAAUGUCCACUAGUAUUGAGGGCCAGUGGGCACAGGGGUGUGGUCUGACUUUGGGGACCACAAAUAGCUUUCUGCAGAUGGUGAGGAACAGCAGCAGGUGGCCCCAGGCAUGUUGGGGCUCUCUUGCAUUGGCUGCUUGAUGCUGAAUCUUAGGGCUCAAGGUGAUCUAUAUAGAGGAGCAGAGCAAGACAGCCUGCUUCAAGAGCCGUGUGUUGGGAAGGGGCGCCUUGUCCUUAAGAGGCCCACCCAAGCAGCAGGCAGCGCUUGGUCCUGGUCGCCCCGCCCCUCCGGGGGACCUGCUGGGGGCGGAGCGAGACGGGGCAGGGCGGAGCUGGCGGACUGUGCUGGCCUUGGCGCCCCUGGUCCCUGUGCUCCGCGGUCUCGCUUUGCCGCCGCGUGGGAGCAUCGGGACUCGAAGGCACGCUCAGCCCUCGACCAUGGCGGCUCACGGGAAGCUGCGGCGGGAGCGGGGGCCGCAGGCUGAGUAUGAGGCACAAGUCAAAGAGAUGCGCUCACAGUUGAGUGAGCAGCUCCGUUGCCUGGAGCUUCAGGGAGAGCUGCGGCGAGAUUUGCUGCAGGAGCUAGCUGAGUUCAUGCGGCGCCGGGCAGAGGUGGAGCUGGAGUACUCUCGGGGCCUGGACAAGUUGGCUGAACGCUUUGCCAGCCGCAGUGGUCGCCUGGGGGGCAGCAGCCGGGAGCAGCAAAGCUUCCGGAAGGAACCGACUCUCCUGUCACCCUUGCACUGCUGGUCUGUGUUGCUGGAGCACACACGGCAGCAGAGUCGAGAAAGUGCCGCCCUCAGCGAGGUGCUGGCUGGGCCCCUGGCUCAGCGCCUGAGUCAUAUUGCUGAGGAUGUGGGACGCAUAGUCAAAAAGAGUAAGGACCUGGUGCAGCAGCUGCAGGAUGAGCUCCUGGAGAUGGUCUCAGAACUCCAGACAACCAAGAAGACAUAUCAUGUGUACCACUUGGAGAGCAUGAAUGCUGAGACCAAACUCCGGGAAGCUGAGCGGCAGGAGGAGAAGCGAUCAGGCCGGAAUGCCCUGCCCACCAGCACUGCUGCCUCUACCAGCACCACGACUACUGUCACCACCACUGAGACAGGGCCCCUCCGAAAGAGCUCUCUCAAGAAAGGAGGGCGGCUAGUGGAGAAGCGUCAGGCCAAGUUCUUGGAGCAUAAACUUAACUGCACUAAGGCCCGAAACGAGUACCUGCUCAGCCUGGCCAGUGUCAAUGCCGCUGUCAGCAACUACUACUUGCAUGACAUCUUGGACCUCAUGGAUUGCUGUGACACAGGUUUCCACUUGGCCCUGGGGCAGGCCCUCCGGAGCUACACAGCUGCUGAGAACCGCACCCAAGCCUCCCAGAUGCAGGGAUUGGGCAGCCUGGAAGAGGCCCUGGAGGCCCUAGAUCCUCCAGGGGACAAGGCCAAGGUGCUUGAGGUUCAUGCCAGGGCCUUCUGUCCCGAUCCACACUUUGACUACCAGCCCCAUGAAGGUGAUGAGGUGGCUGAGAUCCAGGUUGAGAUGGAACUUCGGGAUGAGAUUUUGCCCAGAGCCCAAAACAUCCAGAGUCGCCUGGACCAAAAGACCAUCGAAACAGAAGAGGUGAAUAAGACACUGAAGGCAACACUUCAGGCUCUGCUAGAGGUGGUGGCAUCAGAGGAUGGGGACAUGCUGGACUCUUUGCAGGCCAGCCCCUCCACUGAGUCCCUCAAGUCCACAAACUCAGACCCGGGCACCCGACAGACAGGCCGAAGACGGAGCCAGCAGCAGGAGACAGAGACCUUCUACAUUACGAAGCUGCAGGAGUAUCUGAGUGGUCGGAGCAUUCUUGCCAAGCUGCAGGCCAAGCAUGAAAAGCUGCAGGAGGCCAUACAACGAGGUAACAAGGAAGGGCGAAAAACAUCUUGGACCCAGUGCACAGAGAGAAAAUUCCACAAGAGCCACCAUCCCCUUCCUAGCUCCCAGUGUAACCAGAGACUCUUUGGAGGUGAUCUGGAGAAGUUUAUCCGGAGCUCAGGCCAACCUGUGCCCCUUGUGGUGGAGAGCUGUAUCCGUUUCAUUAACCUCCAUGGCCUGCAGCAUGAAGGCAUCUUCCGGGUAUCAGGUGCCCAGGCCCGGAUCUCUGAGAUCCGAGAUGCCUUUGAAAGAGGGGAGGAUCCUCUGAAAGGUUGUACUGCUCAUGACCUAGACUCAGUGGCUGGGGUACUGAAGCUGUACUUCCGGAGCCUGGAGCCCCCACUCUUCCCCUUGGACAUGUUUAACGAGCUGCUGGCCUCAGCAGAACUGGAGGCUGUGGGUGAUCGGGUGGAGCCUGUGAGCCAACUGCUGUCCAGACUGCCCAGACCCGUGCUAGUAGUCCUGCGAUAUCUUUUCACCUUCCUCAACCACCUGACCCAGUACAGCGAUGAGAACAUGAUGGACUCCUACAACCUGGCUGUAUGCUUUGGGCCCACACUGUUGCCUGUGCCUGCUGGGCAGGACCCUGUAGCCUUGCAGGGCCGGGUGAACCAGCUGGUGCAGACUCUUAUCCUUCAACCAGCUCGAGUUUUCCCACCCCUGACUAUGUUGCCAGGCCCCAUCUAUGAGAAGUGCAUGGCGCCACCUUCUGCCAGCUGCCUGGGGGAUGGCCAAUUGGAGAACCUUGUUGGGGAGCUGGAGUUGGAAGCUGGGACCACAGCUCAGGAGGAUGACCAGGAAGGAGUUGUGGAGGCUGUGGCCUGCUUUGCCUACACUGGCCGGACAGCCCAGGAGCUGACAUUCCAGCGAGGUGAUGUGCUACGGCUGUAUGCUCGGGCAUCAAGUGACUGGUGGCGAGGGGAGCAUGCUGGUGUGCAGGGACUCAUUCCCCAUAAGUACAUCACACUGCCUGAGGGGGAUGAGAAGCAGACAGCUGGUCUGCAGGCCACAGCGGAAUCUGUGAACCAUCCAGAGGGCUUCCUGACCUUGGAGUUUACCAGUCGGCUGGAACUAGGCACCCCACCUGAGGCUGUGAGCCCCUCUGGGCACAGACGACACUGUUUGGUCCCCAUCUCCCCUGAGCAACAUGUGGAGAUGGAUAAGGCUGUGGCCCAGAACAUGGACGCUGUGUUUAAGGAGCUCUUGGGAAAAGCUGCUGUCCGCCAGGGACAUGGGCUAGCAUCUACAGCACCCCCCAGUCUAGGAACCCGAAAUCUGAAACCCCUGGCCUGCAGCAGCUUUGGCAAAAACAAAGUUUUCUCUCGGGGACCUGGGGCUCCAGUCUCCCCCUCAGUCUCCAAUCCCCAGGGUCCAGACUCAACUCGCAAGCCACUCUGAGGCAGCUUACCUCCAGCAGUCACCAGACCACAUCCCCCUAGGCCUGUUGCCUCUCCACAGCCCUGCUCUAGGCCUCUUUGAGAAGUAACAAAGGAAGGAGGCUAGAGAUAAACCCUUCUGUACCUUUUCUGGGGAAUCUUGGGCUGUGGAAAUCUUGGAAGAUGGAAGUUGCAGCAAUUCAUAAAGACCCAUGCUCUGUUU